CAAAGAUCUUUCAUUCUUUAUGCACCGUCAUAUCACCCUAUACAUAGGAGUACAAAGUGUCAAACCUGCUUAGUUACAGGUUAAUGCAGCUAAUUGGGAUUGCCGCCUUCAUUCCUUAGUUAGUCCAUGCUUGAAUUAUAUCAUUUUCGCUGAUCUUUUCUUCUGGCUGCUGCUUAGUCAAUCGUUUUCUCCUCACUUUAUUUUCCGUUCCUUUCUCUCUUCCACUUUCUCUCCCAACGACUGAUCAUGCCUUGAACUCGACUAUAUAUUCUCUCGUUAUUCCCAAUUGUCAUUUUUUCACUCUCUAAUCAUAUUCUCCCUUAUAAUCCGCACCCCCCCAUCGACCCUGGCUUCUCAAUGGAUCGCAUUGAGCCGGUCGGUGGUCCAAACGACCGUCCCAACGACGCUCCGUCUCCGGCACCUGAUAACAACUCCCUAACGCCCACUGGCUAUCCCCCUAGACCUCAAGCUCUGUCGCGAUCCCGUCGCCCAAGUAUUCGUCUUUCGCGCCUCUCCUCUGUUUCCUCGUUGGGUAGCAGUGGCGACGACCCGAACCAAACCUCUCAGAACCCGAACCGCCGGAAUGCCGCCGAUGAUAGCGCCACGGCGUUCCUCGCCAGGAAUAGGAGUCCCGGGCCGGGGAGAGAACAUUCGCAGAUAGCGGAAGAGGAGGAUGAGUGGCAGGGGAAUCGUCGUCGCAGUAGCUCUGAGCCGCGUCCGGGACGAUGGUCGUCGCCGCCGCCGGUUGCUCUGCCGCACAUCGCAACGCCUAUGCUACCGUUGGCAGAGGUGAGGUCCAAUCAGACCACUGGUCUUCGUUCGCCAUCGGAAAGGCAGGAUACCCCUGAGAACACUGAGAAUGAGAAUCAGGAGGAUUCUAAGAAGGUUGCCGUUAGACCUCCCCCGGUCGUACGACCAAGGGGCGAUAGUCUCUUACGGCGAACCAGUCAGGCGGCUUUGAACCGGUUCUCCCGGAAUCGCGCAUCGACAGUGAACGGGCCAAUCCCUAAAGUGACUGAUUGGAACCAUUACCGGGAUGAGGAUUAUGAUCGAACACAUGAAUACAAUCCGGAUAUUGUCAACGUUUUGGACGUUAUAGAUCCCGAAGUAUCUGCCCUAUCGACCCUGACCAACGUCCAAAACUCCCUCUUCGUCCCCGAUCUAUUUGGCUUUGUCAACCGUGAGCCCACCUACACCCUCUCCCCUCCUCGCCAUGAAGCCGUCACAGAGGAAGAAGGCACCACAACCGACGAUGGCGGUGACAAUCUCCAAAAGCCGCGUCCGGACAUGAAGAAUCUACGGCAUCUGUCUAGUAUAUCCUCGGUUUUGGACGCGGGAGAAACGCGGUUUGCCGUCUUGCCCGACGAGACCAACCUCGAGGGCUGGACCAAGGAGGAUAUGGAGGAAUUGAACGAUCAUGUCCGGCACAUGCUGCAUUCUCGUCGCUCCAAGUUUAAACGUUCGAUGAAGGGAUUUGGACAAUAUGUUUCUAAACCAUUGGGAUUUCUGGUUACUCUAUACGCAACCCUAAUCACUCUCUUCGGAUUAGCCUGGGUUCUCUUCCUCAUCGGCUGGAUCAACGUCGGCGGAAAACAACUCUACGUAAUCAACAUCAUCGACAACAUCCUCGUCGCCCUCUUCGCCAUCAUGGGCGACGGCCUCGCCCCCUUCCGCGUAAUAGACACCUACCAUAUGAUCUUCAUAGCACGCUACACCUUCCUCACCUGGAAAAUCCGCAAACAGUGCGCCCUCCCCUCCCUAAAGAACAAAAACGACCUCCCCGCCCGCCGCGAAACAGACAUCGAUGUCGAAUGGGGCGACACCCCCAAAGACGAAGCCUACGAGUUCUCCGUCCUAGGCCCCAUCCAACAAGCCCGUCUCAUCCACCACCAGAAGAAAUUCGCAAAGUCACACACCUUCUACAAACCCCACGAAACAGGCACACACUACGCCUUCCCCCUCCGUCUACUCAUCGCCAUCGUCGUCGUGCUCGACUGCCACUCCAUGCUCCAGGUUGCCCUGGGCACUUGUACCUGGAGUAUAAACUACCACGUGCGCCCCUUCGCCCUGACAACAGUCAUCCUCUGCUGCUCCAUCGCAUGCAGCAUCUCCGGCGGCGUGAUGAUUAUGAUUGGUGACCGGAGGACACGCAAAAAGGACGUCGUGGAACGCAUGUUCCGCCAGAAACUCACCUCCGAGGCCAUGAAGAUGAUGCAGAAGCGCAGGCGCAAGGAGGAGAAGAGGAAUACGUCGCUCAGUCAUACUUCUUCGGGGCCGUCGAAUUCGGCCCUGGUGCCGCAGGUUUCGUCGUAUGAGGGGGCUUAACCGCCCUACCUACCCACUUACCUUAACCUGGCUUUAGCCCUAGGCUUUGGAGGUUAUACUUUUUUUUUUUUUCUUUUCUUUUCACCUUUUCUUUAUAUAUAUGUCCUUUAUUCGAUAUGACUUACGACUGAUAACGAGAUCUACUGACUUGCUUUGCUUUCUAUAUCCGAUAUAUACGUGGGAUCUCUGAUGUACUUUUAUGUCUAUACUUUGUAAUACUUGCUUUUCUUUCUUCUUUCUCCUGACCUUGCUUUGCUUUCUCUAUUGGUCAGGACUUGCUUGUAUUUACCACUUACCUCUUGGAUUGCCCUCUUUGUCUAGGGUCUAUCAUGGCUUAUUUAUUGGAUGAUUGUGGAUACCGGCGUUUGGAUACAACUACAACUGCACAUGAAUAAAAAGGACCAUAUACACGACGGUCCAUUGCUAAUAAAACAAAUCUAUAAAGCAAUUAUAUUG